AUGAUGAAUGCAGUGCAAGAGAUGAUGCAGGAAAUGAUGAAGGGAUUCGUGGGAGAGGGAGCUGUAGGAGUUGCCGAGCAGAUUUACUCUAAAUUAGAAGAUCAGAAUAUAUCCUCUAAAUAUGAGGAAGUUUUUGAUAGACAGGAGGAGCUUGGCAUUAUUGAGCCUGUUAAAAAUAGAGCCGCAGACCAAGUAUUCAUUCCUCAUCGUCCUGUCAUAAGAAAUGAUGAAAAUGCCACCACUAAAAUCCGUCCUGUAUUCAAUUGUAGUUUAAAGGUGGGAAAAGCUCCUUCAUUAAAUGAAGCCGCUUUUCCUGGUAUUGAUUUGAUGAACAACUUGUUGUCAUUGGUUUUAUAUUUCAGGAAUAAUGAUUAUGUAGUUGUAGCUGAUAUAGUGAAGGCUUUUCUCCAAGUUAGUUAUAGAGGGAAUGAAGUAGCUUCUCUGAUUAAAGACAAAUUUUAUAUGGAUAACUUGGUGCUCUCUUCUAAUCAGGGAGCCCAGGCACCAUUUAUUAUCAAUUCUAUUAAGGAAAUUAUGAAUUCAGGGGGGUUGCCUUUACGGGAGUGGGGUUCUAAUUGUCCUGGUUUGUUAUCUACUCUUGAUGAAGAUGAAAAGGUAGCUUCUUCUGAAAUGAAGAUUUUAGGAUAUAUUUAUGACUCUAACCAGGAUACCUUACAAUUAAAGGUUAAGCAAUUAAACAAUGAUGCUUCCUCAAAGCGUCAGAUUUUGUCAGCUUUGUCUUCUGUCUUUGACCCUAUUGGCAUAUUUGCACCUAUAAUGCUGCAGGGCAAGCUUAUUAUUCAUGCUUCGAAGGAAGCUGAUGGUUGUGCUAUGUAUGCUGUGCAAGGUGGUCAUAGUUCCCUGAUAUUUGCUAAGACUAAGUGUAAUAGUAUUAAUAUCUCUUAA